AUGGCCGCAAGCCGCUCAUCCAAGAUCCUCAAGGGAUUGGGGUACGCCACCCUCGCCGGUGGUGUCGGAGCUGGAACUCUCUACUUGGUUUACCGGCCGCACGAUGUCCCUGGCUUAGAAGCUGCUGCCGUACCGCCACCGACAUACGGCGAAGGCGGCGUCUUCCGACCUCCAAGCUUCCCACGCGUAAAGAGCAGAGCAGAACACAUUGCAGAUCUCAAGGCAAGCGCUGGCGCAGUCUUCGCGCAGGCCAAGGAGAAGGUCAAGGAUGCUCUUGGUGUAGAGCAGGCCACGAACAGUGAUGGCGGCAACGAAUACGAUCUGCUCAUCAUCGGUGGUGGAGCUACGGGAGCUGGCAUUGCCCUUGACGCAGCAUCCCGCGGUUUGAAGGUCGCAUGUGUGGAAAGAGACGACUUCGCAUCUGGCACAAGCUCCAAGAGCACAAAGCUCGUACACGGUGGUGUACGAUACCUCGAAAAGGCCGUCUUCGAACUGGACUACAACCAAUACAAGCUCGUCAAGGAAGCUCUGCGCGAGCGGAGAUACUUCCUCGACACUGCACCGCAUCUGUCGCAAUGGCUCCCGAUCAUGAUUCCCGUCAACAAGUGGUGGCAAGCGCCAUACUUUUGGGCAGGAACCAAGGCUUACGACUUUCUAGCUGGCUCUGAGAACAUCGAAUCUUCUUACUUCCUGACGAGGAGCAAGGCACUGGAUGCCUUCCCUAUGCUCAAGAAGGACGGUCUCUGGGGCGCGCUCGUCUAUUAUGACGGUGCGCACAACGACUCUCGCAUGAAUGCUUCUCUCGCUGUCACCGCUGCUCUGUAUGGUGCUACCAUGAUCAACCACAUGGAAGUCACUGGUCUCGAGAAGGAUGCCAAUGGCAGACUCUGCGGCGCUACGGUCAAGGAUCUGGUUCCUGAAAAGGACGGCAAGACAGGCGAAUCGUUCAACAUCAAGGCCAAGGGUAUCAUCAACGCUACUGGACCAUUCACUGAUUCCAUCCGCAAGCUGGACGACCAAAAGGUACCUGAAAUCGUCGCACCCAGCUCUGGUGUCCACGUCAUCCUGCCUGGUUACUACUCGCCUUCCAACAUGGGUCUCAUCGACCCUCGCACCUCUGACGGCCGUGUCAUCUUCUUCUUGCCAUGGCAAGGAAACACAAUCGCUGGUACCACUGACGCUCCUUGCGACAUCGAACAGAAUCCUGUAGCACAGGAGAAGGAAAUCGACUGGAUCUUGAACGAAGUACAGAACUACCUGCAGCCUGAGAUCAACGUUCGUCGUGGUGACGUUCUUGCCGCCUGGUCUGGAAUCCGUCCUCUCGUCCGCGACCCGAAGAAGGCCAAGUCUGAGGGUCUUGUCCGCAACCACCUGCUAACCACCUCCCCAUCUGGACUUCUCACCAUGGCUGGUGGCAAGUGGACGACCUACCGACAGAUGGCUGAAGAAGCUGUUGACGAGGCGAUCAAGGAAUUCAGCUUGAAGCCACGCGGCGUGUCGAACCCACCCCUCGUCAGCGGUGUCGAAGGCUUCCACGAAGACAUCAACCUCGGCGGAUCCUGCCAAACUCAUCAAGUCCGCCUCGUCGGAGCCCACGGUUUCUCCAAGACGCUGUUCAUUAAUAUCAUCCAGCACUACGGCAUCGAGACUGAAGUCGCCAAGCACUUGACCGAAUCCUACGGCGACCGUGCCUGGACUGUCGCAGCGCUCUGUGCACCAAACGAGAAGCGCUUCCCUGUCCGCGGCGAGCGCAUUUCCGAACUGUACCCAUACGUCGAUGGUGAAAUCCGCUACGCCGUCCGACACGAAUACGCACAGACUGCCGUCGAUGUCCUAGCCAGGAGAACAAGAUUAGCGUUCCUAAACGCACAGGCCGCGCUCGAGUCCCUGCCGCGAGUCAUUGAUCUGAUGGCAGAUGAGCUCAACUGGAACAAGACAAGGAGGACACAAGAGUGGACAGAUGCAGUCCACUUCCUGGGCUCAAUGGGUCUGCCAAAGAGCAAGCUCAGCUUGACAAGAGAGGACGUUGAGAAGGGGAGAGUUGGGAAGUAUGAAGAUGAGGAAUAUGGCAUGUAUGCCAGACAUGACAAGCCAGACGAGAUCCUCGACUCCGACUCCAAGAUGCUGUCUGGACACAACCCGACGAUUGGACGGGAUAGCCCGGCGAAUGCUUAG